AUGGCAGAAGAAAUCAAGCAGAGCUUCGCUAGCAUGGAUCUCGAGGGCAGAGGCAGGUCGACCGUUGCCCUCCACGCCGAUGACUCCCUGAACAAUGUCACCGAUGUGUCUCCCCCAAUUCACUUGUCCACGACGUUUAGAUACGCAGAGAACCCAGACGACCUGGUCCCAGAGUCAGAUACACAUCUUGGGAGAGAACAAACAAAUAACUUCAUCUACUCUCGCUGCGGUGCACCAAAUAGCACCCGUUUUGAGACCAUUCUUGCCCCACUAGUGAAUGGACACUGUCUUGCCUACUCGUCCGGCCUCUCAGCUCUUCAUGCUGCUCUCGUCUUCUUCAACCCACGCCAGAUCGCUAUUGGAAAGGGUUACCAUGGCAGUCACGGCGUGAUAGGCGUGCUUUCACGGCUGACCGGUAUGAAGAAGAUAGACCGUGACUGUCCCGCCGAGCAGCUCGAGAAAGGCGAUGUCAUCCUUCUCGAGACACCGCUCAACCCACACGGGGUCUCUUUCAGCAUAGAAAGCUAUGCCAAGAAGGCUCACUCACGCGGUGCAUAUGUUCUUGUCGACAGCACAUUCGGACCACCUGGUCUUCAGGACCCGUUUAAAUGGGGCGCAGAUAUGGUCAUGCACUCGGGUACCAAGUACCUUGGCGGCCACAGCGACAUGCUGUGCGGUGUGUUGGCCACCCAACGAAAGGACUGGUAUGCAUCUCUCUUCCAUGACAGGCAGUACAUUGGCAGUGUCAUGGGCAAUCUGGAGUCCUGGCUCGGUAUUCGCAGUCUGAGAACACUUGAGAUCCGUGUGCAGCGUCUGAGCCAGAACGCUACCAGCCUGGUGUCCUGGCUUGAUGCAGCGCUCCACAAGGGCAAAGAAGGAGCACCAGAGACAACGGUCACGGUCACAGACGAGGAGGCCAGCCUUAUCCAAAGAACGGUGGCUAAGGUCAAUCAUUCCAGCUUGCAGAAGGAGGAUAUGGAGUGGCUCUCAAAGCAGAUGCCAAACGGAUUUGGGCCGGUAUUCUCUAUCAUGAUGAAGGAAGAGAAGAUCGCGCGUGCAUUGCCAUCAAAACUGCAUUUCUUCCACCAUGCUACCAGUCUGGGAGGUGUAGAGUCGCUCAUCGAAUGGCGUGCGAUGAGUGAUUCGUCUGUUGAGAGGGAGUUGCUGCGGGUUAGUGUGGGUUUGGAGAACUGGCAGGACCUGAAAGACGAUAUUGUUGCUGGAUUAAAGAGUCUGGUCUGA